AUGGCGACACUCUUAUUUACCCGAGGACUUCUGCAGUGCGACCCAGACUAUUUUCGUGGGGGGGAAGAAUGGCUAAAAGGCUUGACAGUCACUAUUGUGCUUGAUGCCGUGUUCAAAAGCUUCACAAGCGGCUCAGCAAACAAAAGCAUCCUGGUUGUGCAUGUGGAUGAGCUCGCUUUUCUGCUGAAGCGUGGCUUCAAUGACAGACGACUCAAAGACUUCGUGAACUUGUUGGCUGAAUACAACUGUGGGCCGAAUCCUUUGGGAUUGGUGGUGCCGGUCAUUACGCACACUGCGCCGGUGGUAUGGAAUCCGGAGCCGACUGUCAUACAGUUGGAACACAAGAACCUUGCUGCAUUCAGCUUUGAAGACUCCAAGAAGUUCUUUCCAGGCCUGAAUAUCACUGGCUUGCAAGCCCGGCUUGCCAUCAGUGCCUGCGGAGGUCAUGCAGCGUUGCUGGUCCAGUUGCACUGCUUCAUGCAACGGCAGGCCGGUGGACUUGGUCCACUGCUCACAUGCGACCGCGUCCGUCAACAUGAAGACGCCCUGCUGAACGAGACAGUGCGGCCAGCCUGCUUUGCAUUGGUUCAGGCUGUGCUGCUGCAAAGCAUAGUUCCCAAAUCCAAGUUCCAGGACUUUUUUCAACUUGGCCUAGCCUUCAUUGAGAGGACACGGGCGACAGUCCGGGUGACGGUACCGUACCCAUUCUUCUUGAACCUGCUGAUGCAGUUGGAUCGCCCAGAGCGUUUCAAACACCUGCGACACGAAAAUCCCACUGGCACAGACCGCCGCUGGAGUUCGAAGGCGUUCGAGGCACUUUGCGCAAUGCGAGUGGCCAUUGACAUGGAUGGCUUUCCCUACGACCUGCCCUGCGAUCCUAGAGCAGCAGCGAUAGAAUUCAGAAGAGACAGGAAAUCUCGUGUGUGUCUUGCAGAGAGCGAUACGGAGCGGGGUGUGGACAGCAUCGGAUUUGACGGCAACACCAUGACCUUGGUUCAGAGUAAAUACCCAGAGACUGAUACAACCCAAGAGUGGAAGGAAAUUAGGGAGUUUAUGAACUUCGCAAACACGACUGGUGUUGAUUGGGCUAAAUCAGCAAAUUGCACAAGAAUUUGUGCAAUCUUUGCCACUGCGAGGGCAUCAAGAAACUAUGAAUCGGAGUGGCCAAUGGAGAUCAAUGUCCAGGAAGUGGUCAUCACCUACGUAAUUUACGCCAAGACUCAAAGCAGCAGAAGGUGCGCAGUCCGGACAAAGCAGAUCGAUGAAUGGAUCCCUCCAGGACUCAUGUGCAUGUAA